AUUAUAAUGUCCAAAAGCCUAUAGCCUUCCCCGCCAACCUCAAAUCUAUAUAUCAUUCACUCUCUCAUCUCUGCGCUAAAAUUCAAAAUCAUUUUGCAAAUCUCUCUCUCUCUCUCUCUCUAGCUCUCACGUAGUAAUAUUUCCAUUUCUAGGGCUUCGAUCUCACCGCCUCUCCAGCAAUCCGAGCGGUUAGGUUAGGGUUUCCUCUCCCGAUCACUCUAUGGCGGUGAAUCUGACGCCGAAUGCGAUCGCGGCGAUAAUCGCCGGCGACGUGAACUCGAAACCGCUGGUUCAAGUCCUUGAUAUCAAGCUCAUCGCCGCCACGGCGCAGCCUAAAGAGCGGUACCGGUUGCUCCUCUCCGACGCCGUUUCGUCUCAGCACGCCAUGCUUGCCACUCAACUCUCCGACCGAGUCAAGUCCGGCCAAGUCCGCAAGGGCUCCGUCGUCCAAUUGAUCGACUACAUUUGCACCUCCUCCCAAAACCGCAAGAUAAUUGUUGUGCUGAACAUGGAAACAAUUAUACUGGAAUGUGAGAUAAUUGGGAAUCCAAAGUCACUGGUUGAAUCUGAUUCAACAGCUCAAAAACCGUUGCCCAAUAGUAGUUUAGAUCACUCCACAAGGGUUAGCAAUAACCGCUUCAAUGCCCAAAAUCCUGGUCAGAGUGUGCAGAGUUUUCCACCAACUGUUCAACCUCCAUAUCAACCACCUCCAAAUUAUAGAAAUCAUGGUCCAAUGUUGAAGAAUGAUGCGCCAGCACGUAUAAUUCCAAUUACUGCUUUGAAUCCUUAUCAGGGGCGAUGGGCUAUCAAGGCAAGAGUUACUGCAAAAGGGGAUAUGCGUCGCUAUAACAAUGCACGGGGAGAUGGGAAGGUGUUCUCUUUUGACCUCCUUGACUCUGAUGGUGGAGAAAUACGUGUCACAUGCUUCAAUGCUGUUGUUGACCGUUUCUAUGAUGCUAUUGAGAUUGGUAAAGUUUAUUUGAUCUCAAAGGGAAGCCUGAAACCUGCUCAGAAGAACUUCAACCAUCUGAAGAAUGAAUGGGAAAUAUUUCUGGAGACAACUUCGACUGUGGAGCUUUGCCUAGAAGAAGAUGGUUCUAUACCAAGGCAGCAAUUCUCCUUCAGGCCUAUCAGUGAAAUUGAGAAUGCGGAGAACAAUUCCAUACUUGAUGUUAUUGGCAUUGUGAUAUCUGUGAACCCAUCAGUACCAAUUAUGAGAAAGAAUGGGAUGGAAACUCAGAGAAGAAUUUUGAAUCUGAAGGAUGGAUCUGGCAAAAGUGUUGAGCUAACCCUUUGGGGGGAAUUCUGCAAGAGGGAAGGUCAAAAGCUGAAAGAGAUGAUUGACUCUGGGUCGUUUCCAGUUUUAGCUGUCAAAGCUGGGAAGGUUAACGACUUCAAUGGGAAAUCAAUAGGGUCAAUUUCUUCUACACAGCUCUUCAUAGACCCAGAUUUUCCUGAGGCUCGUGGCUUGAGAAACUGGUUUGAUCGAGGUGGAAAAAAUGUUGCUUCUGUGUCCAUUUCUAGAGAAAUUAUGCCAGGAGGAUCUAAGAAUGAGAUACGUAAAACAGUGUCUCAGAUUAAGGAUGAGGGUCUCGGAAGAUCAGAUAAGCCAGAUUGGGUCACGGUGAAGGCAACCAUCUCUUUCAUUAAGACAGAUACUUUCUGUUAUACAGCUUGCCCAUUGAUGAUUGGAGAUAGACAGUGCAAUAAGAAAGUGACAAAAUCAGGAAACAUGUGGACUUGUGACAGGUGCAAUCAAGAGUUUGAGGAGUGUGAUUAUAGAUACCUUCUUCAAGCUCAAAUUCAAGAUCAUACGGGACUGACUUGGGUGACAGCCUUCCAAGAAUCUGGGGAAGAGAUCUUAGGUUGCUCCGCAAAGGAGUUGUACUUGUUGAAGUAUGAAGAACAGGAUGAUGAUAAGUUUGGAGGAAUAAUCCGGAGCAGACUAUUUAACCAGUAUCUUUUCAGGCUUAAAAUCAAAGAGGAAAUGUAUGGUGAUGAACAAAGGGUGAAGAUCACCAUAGUCAAGGCAGAUAACGUGAACCAUUCUUCCGAGAGUAGAUACAUGCUUGAUUUGAUCUCAAAGUUUACUAGGUAAUUAGUAGUUACAAACCAAAUUAAAUGGGUUAAGAUGCAGUAGCUUUCUAUCUGUGGAGCUGAUUGACGUCUUUUAGUUAACUCAUUUGUUAUUCUAUGAAUAAAAAUCAAACGAAUUUGUGCCCCGUAAAGUGUAAACCCAUACUCUAGAAUUGAGUUUCAUUCUUUCCCCAGUUCGGUAAAAUGGUGUAGUCUUUAUAUUUUACUGACCUUUGAAUUUUACACUGGCAUUGAUGUAAUUCUUAAUACAAAUAUUAUGAUGUUUGAAUACCUAAUACAAUUGUUAUAAAGCAUUCCGACUUUCUUUGUAGGAUAUAA